GGAUGGAACAAUCCUGAGAAGGAAGGAACGGCCACACUCUUUCCGUGGCAUUCUGGAGAAGGGAAGAACACAUUUUGUGUGGUGCUCUUUUAGCCACUUACCUGCUUUGAGUUUCUACAGUGACCAGCAGUGAAGGGGAAAUAUUAGAUCAUGUCGGAGUUCUGGCUAAUUUCUGCCCCAGGAGACAGAACAAAUCUGCAGGCAUGGGAGAGAAUGAACACUGUGACAUCUAAAUCCAACCUUUCCAGCAACAGUAAAUUCCAUAUACCAGACUUAAAGGUGGGGACACUGGAUGCUCUUGUUGGUCUGUCAGAUGAGUUGGGAAAACUUGAUAGCUUUGCUGAAAGCGUGAUAAAGAAAAUAGCCCAGUACAUAGGAGAAGUUAUGGAGGACUCAAAAGAUAAAGUCCAGGAAAAUCUUCUGGCUAGUGGAGGGCUAAAGGAUAAAAUGAAAUGUCUCCAAAUUGACCUAAUUAGCUACUUGACACGCUUUGAGUGGGACAUGGCCAAAUACCCCAUAAAGCAGCCUUUGAAGAAUAUAUCAGAAGCAUUAGCAAAGCAAGUGACUCAAAUAGAAACAGACCUGAAGACCCGAUCAGCUGCAUACAACAACAUUAAAGGAAAUUUGCAAAGCCUGGAGAAGAAAACUAUGGGAAAUCUGCUGACCCGCACCCUGGCAGACAUUGUGCACAAGGAAGACUUUGUUCUGAAUUCUGAGUAUCUUAUCACGCUGCUCGUUGUGGUGCCAAAGUCAAGCUACCUACAGUGGCAGAAGACCUAUGAAUCACUCUCAGAUAUGGUAGUACCUCGCUCCACCAAAAUGAUUGCUGAGGAUGCAGAGGGAGGACUCUUCACUGUGACCCUAUUUAGAAAAGUGAUGGAUGACUUUAAGGCUAAAGCCAGGGAGAACAGGUUCAUGGUUCGAGAAUUUUAUUAUGAUGAGAAGGAACUGAAAUGUGAAAAGGAAGAGCUCAUGAAAUUAGCUUCCGACAAGAAACAGCAGUAUGGCCCCUUACUGCGCUGGCUGAAGGUGAACUUCAGUGAAGCAUUUGUGGCUUGGAUUCAUGUGAAAGCCUUGAGAGUUUUUGUUGAAUCUGUCCUGAGGUAUGGCCUCCCUGUGAAUUUCCAAGCAAUGCUGCUGCAGCCAAACAAGAAGUCUGUGAAGCGCCUGAGAGAUGUCCUGAACAUGGUCUUCAAACACCUGGAUGAAGUUGCAGCAGCAAGUAUAAUGGAUCCUGGCAUGGACAUCCCUGGGUUACAACUGAGUAAUCAAGAAUACUACCCUUAUGUCUAUUUCAAGAUUGACCUCAGUCUUCUUGACUGCAGUUAAAGAAGAAUUGCUCGAGCUUCAUCUAUUAAUUUUUGACUGUCAUGUUACCAUAAAACAAUCUUUAGCUGCUGAAACUCAAAUUAAAAUGCAGAUACUGUAGCAGGAUGAUCUUCCUACCACUUCUAGUAAUUUUUACAGUGACUACAAUAAAAGUUAUCUCUUAUUCAUAGUUUUACAAAAGCAUAUUUCAGAGGCAGAGGUACUAUGGUAGUAUUUAUUUUUUUUUGGUAAAUUACAAAGAUGGAGUAUCUACUGGACUUGAAAUAAAACAAUUUAAAAAGCA